CAGUGAGAUCUCUGACAGCAAGAGUAGUACCUUUGGUACGUGUAAUAUCGGGUUGUUCCUUUGCACCCUGCAAGAGACACGUGAACAUGUCUACACACAAGAAGAAGACGAGGAAGCUGAGAGGCCAUGUGAGUCACGGACAUGGGCGAAUAGGAAAGCACAGGAAACAUCCUGGUGGAAGAGGUAAUGCUGGUGGUAUGCAUCACCACCGCAUCAAUUUUGACAAGUAUCACCCUGGCUACUUCGGUAAGCUUGGUAUGCGCAACUAUCACUUGAGACGCAAUACGAAGUGGUGUCCCACAAUCAACCUUGACAAAUUAUGGACCCUUGUCACGGAACAGACAAGGCAAAAGUAUAAGAACAAUACUGAGGGGAAAGCACCAGUAAUUGAUGUUGUGAAAGCUGGUUACUACAAAGUAUUGGGUAAGGGUCGCCUACCGAAACAGCCUGUGAUCGUGAAAGCGAAAUUCUUCUCCAAACAGGCUGAGGAUAAAAUAAAAGAAAUCGGUGGCUGUUGUGUUCUUACUGCGUAAUGCAGAUGUGGUGUAAGAAAGUUUUUUCUUAAUAAAUAUAUCAAACAUCUCCCGUA